AUGCGCAGCCGGGCGGCUCGGCCUCUGGGAGCAUGCGCAGUCGUGGCACGUGGGGGGGCUAAGGGGCGGGGCCCGGAGCCUUUGCGGGCCGCGUUCCGGGAAGUUCGGAGUCUCCGGGCGCCGGUAGCUUGCAUCCGGCGUUCCCGGGGACGGCACGUGGCUGCCCCGCGUCGGCCCGGGCCGGAUCGUGUCGCCCUGGAGCCUCGGGUGUCAGUCGCGGAGGCGGUGUCGUCGUUGACCAUCGCGGACGCGUUCGUCGGGGCCUGUGAGGGCCCCGCGCCGCCGCGACCCGCGCUGCCCAGCCGGUUCAUCUGCUCCUUCCCCGACUGCAGCGCCAGUUACAACAAAGCCUGGAAGCUAGACGCGCAUCUGUGCAAGCACACGGGGGAGAGGCCAUUUGUUUGUGAUUAUGAGGGCUGUGGCAAGGCAUUCAUCAGAGAUUACCAUCUGAGCCGGCACGUCCUGAUUCACACCGGGGAAAAGCCGUUUGUUUGUGAAGAUGAUGGCUGUAAUCAGAAAUUUAACACAAAAUCAAACUUGAAGAAACACAUAGAACGCAAACAUGGAAAUCCACAAAAACAGUAUGUAUGCAAUUUCGAAGGUUGCAAGAAGGCCUUUAAGAAGCACCAGCAGCUGAGAACCCAUCAGUGCCAGCACACCAGCGAGCCGCUCUUCAGGUGUACCCACGAGGGAUGCGGGAAGCACUUUGCCUCGCCCAGCAGGCUGAAGCGGCAUGGGAAGGUUCACGAGGGCUACCUGUGUCAAAAGGGAUGCUCUUUUAUGGGAAAAACAUGGACAGAGCUUCUGAAACACAUGAGAGAAGCUCAUAAAGAGGACGUAACCUGCACCGUAUGUCAGAGGACGUUCAAGCGCAGAGAUUACCUUAAGCAGCACAUGAAGACUCACGCCCCGGAAAGGGAUGUGUACCGCUGUCCGCGGCAAGGCUGUGGAAGGACCUACACAACCGUGUUCAACCUGCAGAGCCACAUUCUCUCCUUCCACGAGGAAAAGCGCCCAUUUGCGUGUGAGCACGCCGGCUGUGGCAAGACGUUUGCAAUGAAACAGAGUCUCAUGAGGCACAGUGUCGUGCACGAUCCCGACAAGAAGAGGAUGAAGCUCAAAGUAAGAAGAGCACCUCGGGAGAGACGCAGCUUGGCCUCUCGCCUCAGUGGGUACUUCCCUCCUAAGAGGAAACAAGAGCCCGACUGUUCCUUGCCCAACACCAGCACAGAGUCCAGCAGCAGCCCAGAGGACCAGCUGCCCCCGCCAGCUGCCUUACUCACUGUCUGCUAGGCGGGGAGACUUCAGGGC